GGGGGACACAUUUCUUCGGUGGAGCCUUUCACAGCGACAGUAAGAAAUGGGUGACUGGAGUUUCUUGGGGAACAUUUUAGAGCAGGUGAACGAGCAGUCCACUGUCAUCGGGAGAGUCUGGCUCACAGUGCUCUUCAUUUUCCGCAUCCUGAUCCUGGGAACAGCUGCUGAGCUAGUGUGGGGAGACGAACAGUCAGACUUUGUGUGCAACACCCAGCAACCUGGUUGCGAGAACGUCUGCUAUGAUGAGGCCUUCCCCAUCUCCCACAUCCGGCUCUGGGUCCUGCAGAUCAUUUUUGUAUCCACACCUUCGCUAAUGUACUUUGGGCAUGCGGUGCACCACGUCCGCAUGGAGGAGAAGAGGAGAGAGAGGGAGGAAGCAGAGAGGCGUCAGCAAGCUGAGGUGGAUGAAGAGAAGCUACCCCUGGCUCCAAAUCAAAACAAAGGCAACAACCCUGAUGGAACCAAGAAGUUUCGCCUGGAGGGUACCCUCCUGAGAACCUACAUCCUCCACAUCAUUUUCAAAACUCUCUUUGAGGUGGGAUUCAUAGUAGGUCAGUACUUCCUGUAUGGUUUCCGAAUUCUCCCCCUUUACCGCUGUGGGCGGUGGCCCUGUCCCAAUCUGGUGGAUUGCUUUGUCUCCAGGCCUACGGAGAAGACCAUCUUUAUUAUGUUCAUGCUGGUGGUGGCUUCUGUGUCCCUCUUCCUCAACCUAGUGGAGAUCAGUCACUUGAUCGUGAAAAGGAUCCGGAAGGCUCUGAGAAGACCAGCGGAGGAACAGCUGGGAGAGGUCCUGGAGAAGCCCCUCCAUGCCAUCACAGUCCCCACCAUCCCAAAGACCAAAGGCUACAAGCUGCUGGAAGAAGAGAAGCCGGUGUCCCCCUAUUUCCCUCUCACGGAAGUAGGAGUUGAACCCAGUCCCCUUCCAUCAGCCUUCAAUGAAUUUGAGGAGAAGAUUGGGAUGGGGCCAUUGGAAGAUCUCUCCAGGGCAUUUGAGGAGAGGUUACCAUCGUAUGCACAAGUAAAGGAACCGGAAGAGGAGAAGGUAAGAGCAGAGGAGGAGGAGGAGGAACAAGAAGAGGAGCAGCCAGGACCUCAGGAAGAGCCAGGGGUGAAGAAAGCAGAGGAGGAGGUGACCCCUCAGCAGGCUAAGUAA